AUGGCAGAUCUUGCGAAAACUCCCUUCGUACGGGAGCUCGCUUCAAGCGACAAAAAGAUACGCGACAAAGCCACCGAUUCCCUCUCCCUCUUCCUCCGAUCAAAGACCGACCUAUCGCUGCUCGAUCUCCUCAAGCUCUGGAAGGGCCUGUUCUUCUGCUUCUACCACUCCGACCGUCCCCUCACACAACAAGCCCUCGCCCGCAACCUCUCAUACACGCUCGUCCCCUCCCUCCCACGCGCAACAGUGCACCGCUUCCUGCGCGCAUUCUGGAUCACCAUCGGGCGCGAGUUCCACGCCAUCGACCGACUCCGUCUAGACAAGUACCUACUCCUGAUCCGCUCCUACGUCGGCGUCGGGUUCCAGGUUUUCUUAAAGGGCAACAACUCCGCGGCGGCGGCGACAAACGGCACCAAGGACUGCAACAAAAAACGCAAGCGAGAGGAAACCGCCAAGUCCAAGAAGCGUUCGAAAUCCAAGUCAAAGAAGACGACGCAAGACGCCUCCGAUGACGAAGAAACCCCCGACUCCACUGCCCCCUCCACAUCUAGCGACUGGACAGACCUGCAAUCUUACCUAGAGAUCCUCUCCGAGGGACCUCUCCACCCAUUGAACUUCGACCCGUCGCAGCCCAAGCCUGACGAGGAGAAGGGCGUUAUCCCCAUGCCCCACGGCCCCGACGGGCUCCGGUACCACCUUCUCGACAUCUAUAUCGACGAGCUGGAGAAGGUUCUUGAGUUUGAUGCCGACACUGGGAAGCCUAGUGGUGAUGUUCCUGCUGAGAUUCUGCUGGCGCCGAUUGAGAGGUUGAAGGCGGAGACUCCGCAUAAGCCCGUGAGGGUUAGGGCUGCGGAGACGCUGGCGGAUGAGAGGCUGGUUACUUGGGGGUGGAAGGAGAAGCCAAACAUUGAAGAAAGCGAGGAGGAGGAGAGUGAGGAGGAGUGGGGUGGGUUUGGAGACGAAUGA